GGAGCUGUUUUAACGGUUAGAAUAUACAUGGCUCUUUCAGCUUCACGUUGGAAACAACCCAAGAAGAGAACUUUUCUUCUCUGCUUGUGAAUUCCUUUUCCACCAUUUCAAAUCUGUCGUUAGAUCCCUUCUCCGAACAACAACAGAGUGCUUCUUCUAGGGUCGGAUCCGAUUCCUCGUAAGCAACGGAUCUCGACGGUCCUUUUGGCUUUUCCCGCAAGGCGAGAUUUCCAGGAAAGGAAGAGAAAAUUCUUUGCCCUCUGUUUUUAGCUGAUAAGUUUCAAUCUUCGCAAAGGAGUUUUCUUUUUUCGCAAACUAUUGUCGGCAGGGGACACAUAGUUCCUGGGCUGUGUUCCGUACCCGGGUUUGUCUUUGUUUCCGAUUUCGUGCGUCGGAUCAUCGAAUUUCGAUUUAUGGUGUAUUUCAUUUCUGGUAAAGUUUAGGGAUUUGUAUGUUUCAUGUGAUAGAUGCGCUUACAUGCUCGGGAAAACAAGUGGAAGCUGUUUUUUUUUUUUUUUUGCAAUUGGGAGUUUCUUCGUGUUUCGGGGCUCAUCCUCCAUUUUCAGAACAAUUUGCUCAGGCUGAUGUUGGGCAGUCGGAUUUGGGUUUUAGGGUUUAUCUAAUUUUGCUAAAUUUGCAAAACUUUUGCCCGUUUCAUAUGCUUCAUUGGAUUUCUGAGCAUUUGGAGAGGUUCUAAGACAUAUGAAGCUAGGAUUCGGAACUUGACUUGUGAAGACCGGUUUCAGGUUUUUUGUUGUUAAAAGUCCUGAGACAUGGCUACCAUUGAUGAUGUCUCAAAGUACCUUCACAGCCCUGCUCACAAGGCUGUCAUCACCAGAGAUUAUGCUUCUCUCAGGAGAAUAUUAUCCUCUCUCCCACGUCUGCAUGACCCGGCAGAGAUCAAAACCGAAGCAACUUCCAUAGCCGAGGAGGCGAAAGCUGAUUCCAUAUCGGCCAUCAUAGACAGGCGUGAUGUUCCAAACCGGGACACGCCUCUUCAUCUGGCCGUCAAGCUCGGGGACGAGGCCUCAGCCGAGAUGCUAAUGGAAGCGGGAGCAGACUGGAGCUUGCAGAACGAGCAGGGAUGGAGUGCUCUCCAAGAGGCAAUUUGUAGUAGAAAAGAGGGUAUAGCCAUGUGUAUCGUCAGACAUUAUCAGCCACUGGCAUGGGCCAAAUGGUGUAGGAGAUUGCCUCGGCUCGUUUCCACAAUGCACAGAAUGCGGGAUUUCUACAUGGAGAUCACUUUCCACUUCGAGAGUUCGGUUAUACCCUUCGUUUCCAGGAUAGCGCCUUCAGACACUUGCAAGAUUUGGAAGAGGGGAGCAAAUCUUAGGGCCGACAUGACUUUGGCUGGGUUUGACGGUUUCAGGAUUCAACGGUCGGAUCAGAGUAUAAUGUUUCUCGGAGACGGGUCGGAAGACGGGAGAAUCCCGCCCGGAUCUCUCUGCGUAAUAUCCCAUAAGGAAAAGGAGAUGAUGAAUGCCUUAGAAGGAGCGGGAACUCCUGCAUCAGAAGCAGAAGUUAGUCAAGAAGUGGCUGCCAUGUCCAAGACCAGCAUUUUCAGACCAGGGAUAGAUGUUUCUCAGGCAAUGCUUUUCCCACAGAUGACAUGGAGGCGGCAGGAGAAGACAGAAAUGGUCGGACAAUGGAAAGCUAAGGUGUACGAUAUGCACAAUGUUGUUGUCAGUAUAAAAUCGAGGAGCAUACCUGGAGCAAUGACUGAAGAGGAGAUUUUCUCCAACUCUGCCCGAGAAAACGAGACAGAGACAGAGACAGAGACAGAGGAUGAUCUCGAGGAUAUCUUGACAGAAGACGAGAAGAAACAACUAGAACUCGCUAUCCAGUCCAGUUCUCCAGAGAGUUCUAACCAGACAGCUCGGCUGGAGAAGAAAGAAUGGUUCAGUGGCUGGAGGAGACGAGACACAACCAAGCAUCAUGAAGGGAACAAACGGAAUAUUCCCCCAAGAAGUUCUCUUUCUGCUGAUGAGAAAGCAAGCGAUGAAACCCUAACUGGUGGAGGAGAGAUAACACCUGCAAGACACUCAGUUGGGGCUGCAGCCAUAAGAGAGGGGAGCCGAGAGAACGAGUACAAGAAAGGGCUGAGGCCGGUUCUUUGGCUUUCCGAAAGCUUUCCACUACAAACCAGAGAACUACUACCAUUGCUUGAUAUCCUCGCAAACAAGGUUAAGGCAAUACGCCGUUUAAGGGAGCUGCUGACUACAAAGCUGCCUUCUGGGACAUUUCCUGUCAAGGUUGCUAUUCCGGUGGUACCUACAAUUAGAGUACUUGUAACAUUCACAAAGUUUGAAGAACUACAACCAAUUGAAGAUGAGUUUGUGACUCCACCAUCGAGCCCGGAUACUCCUUAUUCUGUUAAAAACAGUUCAAAAGCAGGAAAAACACAAACCUCAAGCUCCUCCUCGUCAUGGUUCCAGUGGAUGAAAACACCGGAUCUGCAUCCAACAAGCUCAAGUUCUGGAAGCUGUAGUAUCAGUAAAGCAGAAAACGAACAAGUCCUCUUUGUGAUUCCCCGGGACUACAAAUGGGUCACAGCUGAAGAAAAGAGAAAGAAGAUGCAAGAGAAGAAUAAUGCUAGGAAGGGCAAGAAUCAGAAAUCCUAAAAUAACUGAAUUUACUUGGGUAAUUUAGUAGAUCAACUCAUAGAAAGAAAGACUGAAACUUGAUGCUUCUUGUAUUAGUGAAGGGAUUUACGACACAGCACAAUUCAUCGCUACGACAGAUAGAUACUGAGAGAGGAAAAGGAAAUGUAGGGUUCUUACUUUAUCGGUUCUUGUUCUUGUUUCCAUCCUCAAGAUGUCUCUGUAAUAAAAAAUACACACUCCACAGGAACAGACUACAGAGUAGAGAGAUGGGUGUGUUUUCGGCUCAAAAAAUUUUAAUCAUUCAUCAGGAUAUUGAAAACGAGCAUAGACUAUAAAAGAUUAUGAACCCAAACACUAAUCUACGAACCCACCAAAAGUUUUAAAUCUGUUUCAAUCAUUGAUCCAUCAAAGAUCAUUUUCAGUAUCGAGAAGGUUUACACUAACAAAAACAAUUGAAAAAGAAACAAAGAAAAGGGCAAACCCAUCUAACAGAGAAGAGAGAAGAUAGAACGACGGCAAAAAACAAACGCGGACAUUUACCAAAAGGAGUUUCAAUCAGCUUAGUAGCAGUAUGGGGACUGAUAAUUCCAUGCUAGGUACACU